UAUCAAACUGCAAAAAAAAAAUAUGAAUUCCGAAAACAUUAAACACAACGAAGGCAUAUUAUAAUUACUCACAAUCUUAAAUAAAAAUGUUAAGAAAAAAAUAUAGCUUUUUUAAAAUUAGAUCUAGCUAUCUAGAUCAGUGUACAGCACUGCCUUGGCGUUUGUUGUGAAAUUUACCUGACUUAUAUUGCCGUUUAACAGUAGCCAUGGACGAAUUCUCGCGACAGCAAAUGGAUGACUGCUUUCUGCGCAGUCCAAAUGACAUCCGCACCACCAACGUGCAAGCGGUGCCAAAAUCGCAGGCGGAUAACAAGUCCCGAAAGACGGAACUACACGUCCUCCGGCUGAAUGACGAGUCCCGCCAAAUCACCAUGGACACACUGCGCCAGAUUCACGGUCCUGACUUCCAGCUGGACGACAUAAGCAAGUACAAGGAUCGCGGACGCGGUGGCCACGGCGUGAAGCACUCCUAUUGGCAGGAUCGGGGCACUCUGAUGGUGCAGAGUGUCCAGGGAGUUAGCUCGUCGCGCGGGAACGAUAGCGAUGGCGAUCGGUUGCGUCGCUAUGCUUUGGCCAAACUCGAGAACUACGGCUUCCAUCCCGUCCAUUGCUUGGAGGCCUAUGAUCACUGCUCCGGCGACACAGAGGCUGCUCUGCUGCUGCUCUACCGCCGCUAUAUGAGGAUUGCCGAGCAGGAGGAGCUGACCCUUGAACCUCCCAGCGAGCAGGAACUGCUGGAUAUGCGAACGGAUGAGAAGGAGGCCCUGGAGUCCAUCUAUGACAAGGCGUACGAGGAGCGCGAGGCGAAUCGUGUUUGGAACCUUAAGUUUCGCAUCGACCACCUACUGGCCCACAGUCCCUCGGAGGUACGGAAGGCCAGGGAGGCAGCCCUAGCUGCCGCUGCUGCUGCUGCCCAGAAGUUGGUGGACAAAAAGAAGAAGGGGCCACUACGAUGUCGAAACUUUGACCGCGACGGCACCUGCAAGUACGGACCCAAGUGCAGGUUUCCUCAUCUUGCUCCGGAGCCAACUGAAACAGAUACUAUCAAGAAGGAUAGCGUUGACGAAAACGACAACGAGCUCUGGUUUCACGUGGAGGUGCGCUUUCCGCCCGGAAGCCGCUAUCCCUAUGAGGCGCCCUUCAUAUACUUAAAAACCACCUGUCACGAUAUCCCCCACGAGCUGCGCCUCCGGUACGCUCGCCAUCUGUACAAAGAAGCCAGAGAGAUUUGCCGUGAUGGCAUUCCCUGUGUAUACAGCAUUUGCGACCUGCUGCAGUCCAAUGAACAGCUAGCUGGUCGCCUGGAUACGUCUGCGUUUCCUUCGCCCAAGCGUUCAAUCUUCGACAACGAGCCAGAGGGCGGUGGAGCGGAUAAGGAUGGUGACCAUCAGCAACUACCAAAGCCCUCGCACUACACCCGCGGGCAAACGUCACGAAAUGAAGGGGGCAACCAGCGAAAUGCGGAGGCACAGGCCCGGGAGAAUCGUCGCCUACUGCAGCAGUUCGUAGAGCGACGGAAGGAGGAGCGCUACCAAAAGGUUAUUGACGGCCGCAAACAGCUGCCCGCAUUUGCCGAAAUCGAACGUAUUCUGGCCCUGAUUGAAAGCUCACCCGUAGUAGUGAUAUCUGGUGAAACGGGUUGCGGCAAGAGUACACAAGUGCCGCAGUUCAUCCUAGACAACUGGUUCUUCCGCGCCCUCCAACUGCCUCCAAAGGAGAACCUGCCGCAUGUGGAAAUCAUCUGCACUCAACCACGACGUCUCUCGGCCAUCGGAGUAGCAGAACGAGUGGCUGCCGAGCGUUUGGAUCGCAUUGGUCAGUUGGUGGGCUACCAGAUCCGUCUGGAAAACAAGGUGUCGCAAAGCACACGUCUCAGUUUCUGUACCACGGGCAUCCUUUUGCGCCGAUUGGCUUCCGAUCCGCUGCUGGAAAGCGUUACUCAUGUCAUUGUAGACGAAGUUCAUGAGCGUUCUGAGGAAUCCGAUUUUCUACUGCUCAUCUUGAAAAAUUUACUGCGAGAACGCAAGGAUCUCAAAGUUAUCCUCAUGUCCGCCACCUUAAAUGCCACUCUUUUCUCGGAUUACUUUGGUGGAGCACCCGUGCUGGAUAUUCCUGGACGAACUUUCCCUGUUCAACAACUUUUCUUGGAGGAUAUUCUGGAGAUGAGCGAUUUUGUCAUGGAGUACGAUACCAAGUACUGCCGCAAACUAAAGAAAAAUGAGCAGGAUAUACUGGAGCGUGAGCUGGAAUACGCCGAUGUACAAGCUUCGGGACAGGCGCCAGGAAAGAAGAUCAAAGAUGAAAAACUAACUCUGGCCGAGACCUAUCAGAGAUAUGCGGAAUAUAGCAAACCAACUUGCAAGAGUAUCUACCUGAUGGAGCCCAUGACUAUUAACCCCGAACUGAUAGAAUCCGUACUUAAGUACAUUGUUGAAGGCUCCCACGAUUGGCCUCGUGAGGGAACCAUCCUCAUCUUUCUGCCCGGCUUCGGGGAAAUACAAACCGUCCACGAUUCACUGCUUGACCACGCACUAUUCUCGCCACGUGCUGGCAAGUUCAUCUUGGUGCCCCUGCACUCUGCUCUGUCUGGCGAGGAUCAAGCGCUAGUCUUUAAGAAAGCGCCACCCGGCAAACGAAAGAUAGUGCUAAGCACGAACAUUGCCGAGACCUCGGUGACUAUCGACGACUGUGUGUUCGUGGUGGACUGCGGCCUUAUGAAGGAGAAGUGCUUCGACUCGAAUCGUAACAUGGAGUCGCUAGAUCUAGUCUGGGUCUCUCGUGCCAAUGCCAAGCAGCGAAAGGGUCGUGCUGGCCGUGUGAUGCCUGGAGUUUGUAUCCACCUGUACACUAGUCAUCGCUACCACCAGCACAUCCUGGCCCAGCCAGUUCCGGAGAUUCAACGUGUGCCACUCGAGCAGAUUGUGUUGCGGAUCAAGACGUUACAAACGUUUGCUUCGCGCAAUACACUGUCGGUCCUUUUGGAAACCCUAGAGGCGCCCACAGAGGACAGUGUGCUGGGAGCCCUGACACGGUUAAGGGACGUGGGAGCUCUUGACUCAGAAGAUCAGUUGACGCCGCUAGGCCAUCAUCUCGCUGCCCUGCCCGUAGACGUCCGCAUUGGCAAACUGAUGCUUUACGGGGCGAUCUUCCAAUGUCUGGACAGUGUGCUGACCAUCGCCGCCUGCCUGAGCAAUAAGUCGCCAUUCGUAAGUCCUUUGAACAAACGCACGGAGGCGGACAAGUGCAAACGCAUGUUCGCUCUGGGCAACAGCGAUCACCUAACAGUGCUGAAUGCUUACAGGAAAUGGCUGGAUGUGGCACGUAGGGGAAACUAUGCAGCCAGCAGGAACUAUGCCAGUGAACAUUUCCUGUCGCUUAAUACUCUUGAGACAAUAGCCGACCUCAAAUACCAAUACCUGGAGCUACUCGUCUCCAUUGGCUUUGUGCCCAUCAAUGUGCCGCGAAGACGCAAGAAUGCCUGUGACAAUAUUCUGACACUGACAGGUGUGGAGCAGAACCAUAAUGGUGAUAACAACAGACUGCUGACCUCGCUUCUCUGUGCCGCCCUCUACCCAAACAUCGUAAAGAUCAUGACGCCGGAACGCGUUUAUGUCCAAACGGCUGGCGGUGCUGUGCCGCGCGAGCCGAGCCACCAAGACUUGCGUUUCAAGACUCGCGGCGAUGGAUACGUGAAGAUCCAUCCAUCAUCGGUCAACUCACAUGUGGCCGUCUUUCAGGCGCCCUUCCUCGUCUACCAGGAGAAAGUACGCACGAGCGCCAUUUAUAUCCGCGACUGCUCAAUGCUGCCACUCAUCGCCAUGGUCCUGUUUGCCGGCAGCGACUUUAAGGUCGAGCUACAUGACGGUGACUUCCUCUUCCUUCUCGAAAGUGGCUGGAUCAUACUGAAGGCCCAUGACCUCGAGACCGCUGAGAUGGUACAGUGUCUGCGGGCGGAGUUGAUCAAGCUGCUGGAAGAGAAGAUUCGUGAUCCGUGCCUUAAUCUUCUGCACCACAAGAACGGCUGCCGUAUGAUCGGCAAUAUCGUUCACCUGAUCAGUAAAAACAGCUGAGACGCUCCUCAUUUAUAAACUUUUCAAAUCGUUUUGUACAUUUUGUGUAAUAGCUGUUUUAGCCAAUACUUAAAUGCCUGUAAUAUACGCCAAACGAGACCAAUAACAAAUCACCGAAACGAUGGCUUUAAAUCGCGCUCCAUAGGGUUCAUAUGAUGAAAAAUAGAAAAAAAUGGAUUUUGUAAUAAGAUUUUUGUUUUUAAAUAACUUUCUUUAACUGCCUCAUUUUCAAGUCAUUAUUAAGCCUUGUUUUCAGUCUAGUUAGAAAAACUCACUCUUUGUAAUAGAUCAAUAUUAUUUUUAUGUAUUCCCUACCAUCCGCUAAAACUGUUUUAUCAAUAUUAAUAAACGAUCAUUAUUUA